AAUUUGUCCAUUUGACAUUUUAGUUCCGCCACACACAACCACGGAUCCGCAUUCAGCUUGCACCGUGAUUACACGGUCAUCCUCAACUAUACCCUCUCGCGUUCUCUGUAGCUUCAUGAAUUGACACCAGACUUGCUAUUCACAUAUACCCAACAUACAGUCAAUGACUCCGCAUCUCAAAAGAGCUGCACCUCCCGAACUGUCAAUUGAUACCGAAACCGUCGGGAGGGCUUCAAAGAGACAAAAGCUCGUACACAGCCGACUCAUUAGCUCGCCCACACGCGAAGAAAGGCUUGCCAGCUCUGAUGCACUUUCUACACCGAGUCCAUCACCAGAAACAGAUGUAUCGGAUACUUAAUGUUUGUUUUGGUUUCGCUAUAGCGGACAUAUUACCUGUAGCUGUCGUUCGUUCACAGUGGCCCGGGCUCUUGGACUUGCGUUCCUUGGUAGUAUUUGGAGAUUCAUAUAGUUCCGAAGAUUCAGAACUUGAAACAUCUGUUUGGGUCACACAUUUCGUCAAUUCUCUUUUGGAGCGAGCCAAAAUCAAGAACCAAGUUAACAGUAGUCAUACGAAGAGGAAGUUGAAGACUCGGAAUUAUGCAAAGCCCGGUGAUACAGCGCGAGAAGACCUCCCUGUGCAGCUAUCCCGGUUCUUUUCAGAUCAUUCAAAAGCCGAGACGGGGAAAAGUUCUCAGUUACCUAAAGAGAGUUUGUAUGUACUUUGGUUUGGCAUUAAUGACUGCGGUGCUGAAGACGACGACGAACGUGAAGAGACCGUCGACCUCGUCUUUGACGCCAUGCACGAUCUCUACGUCAAAGCCGACGCUCGGAACUUCCUCCUCAUAGACAUCCCUCCCGUACAUCGUUCGCCCCUGGCUGAGACCUACAGCGAGUUCCAGUCUUCCAUAUGGGAAGACCGAAUUGAAGACUGGAAUGAACGUCUGAGAGAACAGGCGGUGGAAUUCGCAACAAGCGGCUCCCAAGCAACGGUGUUUUUGUAUUCUUCGAAUCAUAUAUUGACGAAGAUCUUAGAUAAGCCGCUCGAGUAUGGGCUUAGCCCGUCGCCGGAGCCGGGUUUGAGUUAUUCGAGGGAGGGUUCAAGUCCGAGUGGGUCGAGUUCUCCUAGGACGCCUGUUGAGGAGGGCGAUGAUGAUGAUGAUGAUGGGUACAGAGGUGGACUCCAAGGUAGCAAAUUCUUGGGUGAGUGGAAUACUAGUGAGGAAGAUGGGAGUCCGAUAUGGGCAGAUGAAUUACAUAUGACGAGUGCCGUUCAUGGGUUGCUCGCUCAAGACUUGAUCGAAGCCCUACUCUCCUGCAGCUGAACGUGAUUAUCAGGGAGAUUUGGACUAUUUGUCUUCUAGGAGAAUCUGAUGUAUUUUAGUGUUGAUUUAUAUUUCCUUCAAUAAAGAGCAAUCGAUAUCAUCCC